AUGGAAAGACCAGACAGCGAGAAGGCGUCGCCCGGCUUCUGGAAGCCGGGCGCGGUGGCGCCGGAGGGACUAUGUGGCAUUGGCACUGGCCAGUUCGACAGGGAGACGGAGAAAGAGGAUCUCUUUGUGGUGUUCAAUGCGAACGAAAAGCUCAGCCUGAGCCAGCAGCGACAAAGGCUCCCCAUCUUCAAGAACCGCACGCACAUUCUGUACCUGGUGGAGAAGUAUCAGACUGUAGUCAUCGUUGGCUCGACGGGAUCGGGCAAGACCACUCAGAUUCCCCAAUACCUGCACGAAGCCGGCUGGACUCAGGGAGGGAGAGUGGUGGCCUGUACCCAGCCUAGGCGAGUGGCAGCGACAACAGUGGCGGAGAGAGUAGCACAGGAGAUGGGAUCGCUGCUUGGGGAAGAGGUCGGUUACGCCAUUCGCUUUGACAACAAAACGGAAGCCGAAAAGACCAAGAUCAAGUUCAUGACCGACGGUUUGCUGCUGCGAGAGACCAUGCUCGAUCCGCUGCUCUCCAAGUAUUCGGUCAUCAUCGCUUCUCCUAGGCUCGAUGAAGCACACGAACGCAGCAUUCAUACCGAUAUCCUCAUGGGGCUCCUCAAGAAGAUCCAACGGAAGCGGCCAGAGCUGCGACUAAUUGUGUCUUCUGCCACGCUCGAGGCGCAGAAGUUGGCCGAUUUCUUCAACACCAACAAAACUACCGAUCCCGCCAACGACACUGCGGCCAUCCUGUCGAUUGAAGGGCGACAGUUUCCCGUGGACAUCUUCUACCUGAAGCAGCCAACGGACAACUACGUGCACGCAGCCAUUGACACCGUAAUCAACAUCCACAAAACAGAGCCUCCAGGCGAUGUCCUGGUCUUUUUGACUGGCUCGGAAGAGGUCGAUGACACCGUCGAGCUUAUUCGACAGCGGGCAGCGGAGAUUCGACCAGGCGACCUCAAGCCGGGCAGCCCGCGCAGUCUCUCGGUUUUGCCCAUCUAUUCGGGCCUGCCUGGUGCACAGCAGAUGAAGGUGUUCCAAACUAUGCCCAAGCAUGUGCGAAAGGUAAUCGUGGCGACCAACAUCGCCGAAACCUCGAUCACAAUCGAUGGCGUUGUCUACGUUGUCGACUCAGGCUUCGUCAAGAUCAAAGCGUACAACCCGGCCACAGCAAUGGAAGCGUUGGUGGUAGUCCCGGUCGCCCAGGCGGGAGCCGAUCAGCGAGCAGGUCGCUCCGGACGGCAACGACCCGGCAAAUGCUACCGUCUUUACACCGAGGCGGCCUAUCGUGCCAUGCGAGUCAACACCAUCCCUGAAAUGCAGAGGACGGACCUGGCCCCGGUGCUCUUGCAGCUCAAGGCGCUGGGCAUUGAUAACGUGCUUAGAUUCGAGUUCCCCACUCCACCUCCUUCUCAGUGCAUGAUGCGGGCGCUCGAGCUGCUGUAUGCUCUGGGCGCAUUGGAUGAAUACGGAAAGCUCACCCAGCCCAUCGGCUACACCCUCGCCGAGCUGCCUGUCGGACCCACGCUGGGCAAAAUGCUGCUCAAAUCCGGCGAGCUGGGCUGCUCGGAGGAGGUGCUCUCCAUCGCUGCCAUGCUCUCAGUCCAGAUGGUCUUUGUGUAUCCGCGAGACUUUCGCAACACUGUCGACGCCGUGCGGAAGCGCUUCGCCGUGUUCGAGGGUGACACUCUCACUUGGCUCAACGUGUUCAACGAGUUUAUGCGCAACAACCAGACGCAGAAGUGGUGUAAGGAGCACUACGUCAACCACCGGGUCAUGCUGCGCGCUGUGGAGAUCAGAAACCAGCUCCGGGCCUACCUGCGACGCUACAAGGUGCCGCUGGUAUCGGCGCUGGGCAAUCCGGACAUUCCCGAUGCCACGGUGCCCAUACGGAAGGCCGUGGUGAGUGGUUUCUUCGCCAAUGCGGCCUUCCUGCAGCCCGAUGGCUCCUACAAGACGGCCAAGUCGCACCAGACUCUGCACAUUCAUCCGUCGUCGAUGCUCUUCAACACCACACCGGCCUGGGUGGUGUACUCGGAGGUCGUUUCCACCACCAAGAACUUCAUGCGCGACGUGACCGUCAUCGAACCCACCUGGCUCGCCGAGCUCGCGUCCCACUUCUACGACUGGAAGGGCAAGCCCAUGCCCAAGACGUGA